AUGGGAAGCUUUUCCGCUCGGUCUCAGGUAGGGGCGUCUCCAUUAGGGAGCAGUGAAGGACCCCGCUCAGAAGCGAGCACAGACAGUCCUUCUUCCGCAUCAAGGGGAGACACACGGCCCCAAAGCGAACUCGAAGGGCCCUCUUUCUGUGACACGAGGUCAAGUAGUCCGGAAAAUCUAGUAAGAGGCCACGUUCCACCAGCAGCACAAACAACAACGCAGGCAGCAGAAGAUGGAAUAUCAACGGCAGAACCAGCAGAAGAUGCAGAAAUUGCAAUACCAGAAGAAUCAGCAGAAAGGGCGCCAAGGAUAUCAGAAGAAAGUGGGAUCACAACGGCAGAGCUAACAGCGGAAGGCACUACAGGAUUUAGAUGUGAUGACCUAUCUUUACAAGGGGAUGCUCCUUGUGGUCAUGAGGUCUUGGUGGAAAUGCAUCUAAAACCCUCUCUAGGUGAGGGGCCUCCUCCAUCAUCAGUCCCCUCGACAGGGAGCAUCACGGAGAAGACGGUAUCGAGGCCCUCUCCGCCACCUUUGAUGGCUUCUGCUCUCUCUGGUGGAAUUCCAAUGCGCAGUGCCAGCAGCGUCAGAAGGAAGACAGACAACGCGGAAACAGCGGGGCGCCCUUGGUGUCGCUACACCUGGACUUUUGCUCAGCACUUUAGGGAUCCGCAGCUGCUGCCGCUGCAUGCGGCUGCCUUCGCUGCAGCACGACAGCGCUGGGAAGCCCUGAGGACCAGAGCAGGGAGCCCUCCCACGCACACAGAGAGGCUCGACGAUCAGAAUGGAGAACAACUUGCGCAGCGACAGCAACCCCACCAGCAGGAGCAGCGGGAAACGGAAGAUUCUGGUGGCAUUGUACAGGUUUCCCUCCGUGUAGCUGGGAAUACUGCGGUGUAUGUAUACCCCGGAGCGAGGAGCCCUCCACUUGCUGGCAUCCCUGACAGCUUGUACUAUGCUCUGGACCCGCCACUAGGGCCCCCAGGAGGGCCCCGCCCCUAA